CUCUGGGGAGGGGGAAGGUUGAAGGGGACAUGAAGCUGAGACCUCUCUCCUCCAGGUGGAGGGGGAGUAAAACAGCGAGGGGGCGGGGCUGAGGCUGGUUGUUUUUGUGAAUGGAAGCUUGGCGCCUUGGCGGCUGAUUGGCCAGGAAAUGGAUACAGUGGAGGGGGUUCGCUCCACCCGGAAGCAGGCGGACGCGGUGUGUCAGAAUAUCUGGGCACCAGCGGUAUCUCCUUGCUCAGCCGCGAUGGCCAGCCUCCUCCUCCCGCAUUGCCGCCCUCUCCUCAGGUUUUCCUCCUCCGCCGCUGCCGCUACUUCUUCCCCGAAGCAGAAGGAGCCUCCCCCGGACCGCCGCCGGCCCUACCUGCCCCCGAAGGGGAGCGUCCGCUCGCAGGCGCCCGCUGCCCCCGGCUCCACCGCCGCUCUCAUCCCGGAUUUCGGCAACUACCGUGAGGCGUAUCGGAGCAAGAGCAGCGCGGAGCUGGUACGGAGCCUGUUGGUAUUCCGGCUGUGCUCCUACAGUGUGUUAGUGGACCGGCACAAGGAGCUCAUCAAUCUCAGUCGGCUCUUGUUUGGGAAAUGGCUCUUCGAGAAAGUCAUGAGGAUGACUUUUUAUGGACAGUUUGUCGCUGGAAAGGACCAAGAUGACAUCAAGCCGUUGAUCCAGCAUAAUCGCUCCUUUGGAGUGGGCUCCAUUCUAGAUUACAGUGUCGAAGAAGACUUGACCCAAGAGGAAGCAGAGAAAAAGGAAAUGGAGUCCUGCGAGUCUCCAGGAGAGAAGGAAGUUAAAGAUGGCGUUCACAGGGAGAAGAAAUUCCGGCCCCAUAAAAGAUUCGGAGACCGCAGAGAAGAUGUCUUUAGUGCUCGGACAUACUUCUACGCAGAUGAGUCCAAAUGCGACCAAUUUAUGGACACCUUCCUGAAGUGUAUUGCAGCAUCUGGUGGGAGCUCCGAGGAUGGAUUUUCUGCCAUCAAACUGACAGCACUGGGGAGACCACAGUUCCUGCUGCAGUUUUCCGAGGUGCUGGUUAAAUGGCGUGGUUUUUUUCGCCAGCUCGCUGCCGAGCAAGGAAAGGCUGGCCAGGCAGCAGUGGACAUGAAGCUGGAUAUGGAGCGACUGCAGCAAAGCUUGGCUAAACUCGGCAUAGCCACCUUGGAAGAGAUCACCGACUGGUUUAAUGGAGAGAAGAUUGGACUGUCUGGCACUGUAGACCUGUUGGACUGGAACAAUUUGAUUGACAACAGGACAGAAGUUGCCAAACUCUUUGUAGUUCCAAACCUGCAGACUGGUGAGAUUGAACCACUUCUCCUACAAUUCACAGAGGAGGAGGAUCUCCAGAUGAAAAGGAUGCUGCAGAGAAUGGAUAUCCUAGCAAAGGAAGCCUUGAAGAGAGGGGUCCGCCUCAUGGUUGAUGCUGAGCAGACCUACUUCCAGCCAGCUAUCAGCAGACUGACCCUGGAGAUGCAGCGGAAGUUUAACAUUGAGAAGCCUGUCAUCUUCAACACCUACCAGUGUUACCUGAAGGAAGCUUAUGAUAAUGUGUCUAUGGAUGUAGAACUGUCUCGCCGGGAAAACUGGUACUUUGGGGCAAAAUUGGUGAGGGGUGCAUAUAUGGCCCAGGAACGCAAGCGUGCCAGAGAGAUUGGAUAUGAGGAUCCCAUCAACAAAACCUACGAAGAUACAAAUGCCAUGUAUCACAGAUGUUUGGAUUACAUCCUGGAUGAAAUCAAAGUGAACAAGAAAGCCAAUGUAAUGGUGGCAUCGCACAAUGAGAGAACAGUCGCCUAUACACUGCACAGAAUGCAUGAACUUGGGCUCCAUCCAUCAUCUCGGAAGGUCUACUUUGGCCAAUUGCUGGGGAUGUCUGAUCAGAUCAGCUUCCCCCUUGGACAGGCUGGCUACCCAGUGUAUAAAUAUGUCCCAUACGGCCCAGUGGAAGAGGUGUUACCCUACUUGUCCAGGCGUGCACAGGAAAACAGAGGCAUGGUGGCAGGAACCCAGCGGGAGCGUGACCUACUGUGGAAAGAGCUGAAACGCAGGAUCUUGCAGGGAGACUUGUUCAAAACUGCAUAUUAGCUACACGCAAGGCAGCGGGGCCCGACAGUCUGGUUUUCAAAGUGCCCACUGAGUAGGAGAGGAGACAUGUUCUCUACAUUGGCGCACAAAGUGCUGGGGGAAAGGUGUUCUCCUGUGACUUGUUUAAGGCACUCAAAGCUUUGGUAACGAGUGUCUCCCACAAAUCAAGCUCAAAGCAAAAGUAAUUCUGCUAGUGGUCUUUAGUGACUGAGCUGUCUUGGGAUCUGGCCCUUUCUCUUAGAGCAGUUGUGCGCUGCAGCCCUUUCCAUCUAUAUACUUUCAACCCAUCCAAAGCCUGUUGGAUACAUUAACAUUACAAUAUCUUGCACCAUAUUAUUAUAAAGAGUCCUAAACUGCAUUAGGGACAUUCCCCUUCAUAGUUUAUGUAACUUUGGUAUAGCUGUAGGGAAACUGUAUAGAGACUAUGCAUGUGUUUCUUCUGAACUUCAAAAGUUAGGUCUAGCGAGCAGGAAGCCUCCUAUUUCGUGAAUCAUUUUGGAAAGUAUGUAGGGACCCAAGGGAAGCCCACUACAAUACAGUAGCGUGUUAGGCUGCUGUUGUCUCUGAUGUUGAAGUUGUCAGUUUCACCUUUGCCCCUUGGGAAGGUGAGAUGGUGCCUCAUCAUUAUUUUUGUUGGGACGACUACCUUUUUUAUCCGGGGUAUUGUCUUUUCAGAAAAUCAUGAAGAGGACAGACAUGUCUCCUGUGUGCUUUUGUGACUCGCCUCAUUUGUUUAGUAAUUUUUUUACAGGAAGUUGCAAUAGAAACGACUUUUUGUUUAUUUUAACUUAUGCAGGCUCUUCUCCUUCUUAACUUAUGCAGACUGGGAGGAGUGUGGAGUGAGUCUGCUAUGACAUUAUUACUCUGCUGUUUGUGCGUGAAUACUGGUGACUGUAUAAAUGGGCCUGAUCGUCUCUCACUGAACACUUGCGUACCUCUGGCAGAAAGUCUGUUGUGAGGCAUAUGACGCUGCAUGCUCCACUUGGACUGACCUUGCUAGACUUUGACAGUAUCUUCACAUGUGAAUAUAUAAAGUUACCACUGUGGUUACAGAGAACUGAUGAAUGUGACCUCAAACUCAACACUGGAAAUGGACUGAAUAAUCUUAGAUUGUAACUUUGCUUCAUUUAUAAUGUGCAAAUUAGUUCUUUCCUGUUGAUUUUUCAGAGUUCUAUGGAAAUGUGUUACUGAUCUAACCAUUAACCUACUGUUUAUUGCCUCAAAUCGGGGAAACAAACACUCGCACACAAAUAGAUGAUAACCACUGUCCUCUGAGUGCGAUCCUAUGUGAUGUACACUCUCUACAGCUGCUGGAUUAACCUUAUUACAAGCACUUUGCAAUAUUUUAGUCAACCUGCAAAACACUAUUUCAAAGGGAAAUGUUGAACUUUGCCACUUAAAUGUGUAAUGUGGACAGAGAUGUUCUGCAGGAGGUGUUUAAAUGUGUUUAGUCAGAGAUUUUCCAGCUUUCAAUGGGUUGUGUGAUGUUUUGGUAUUAAUCCACUGUCACACAGUAACCAAUGAGGAAAAUAUCCACUCCCUUUCUUAGUGCCUAUAUCAUCAGAUGCUUCCAAAUGCAAAGGUAGAAUCUGGCUGAAUUAUCUCAUCGUGGAUUGUAAAGUCAAAUACUGUACUGUAUAUGCAGGUUAGUAAACCUGCCAAGCCUAAGAAUGCCUGUUGGGUUAGCAGAUCAUUCAUAAUCCCACCCUCCCACCCCAACAAUCCAGUCAUCUUCCUCACUGAUUAUCAGAAAAUGACUGUUCUUCACAGUUGAGCUUUCCGUGGUUUUCUAACAAGUAGCAUUGACCAUUUGGUGUUGGAUAAAAGAAGAGUUUAGUUGUAAGCAGCAGAGAGAAGUGAGGUUUAAGUGAUUACAACAGCAACAGUCCUUAACCAUUUUUGAUUAAAGGGUCUAUCUUCAAAUGCAUUAGUAAUCUCUGACCACAUUCCUCCCCAGCCUGCAAUCCACAAUCCUUCCCCAUCGAAUCUAAAUCAAAAUGGGAAACAGUUGCUUGUAAAGAGUUUUUAAUUUAUUGAAGUAAACAGGUUUUUACUUAGAUCCUUAAUGAAGAUGUCGCCACCUUCCCACAACUUUAGCACGCCUUCAUUUGGGUUGUUCUCCAAAGUCAGCUACAGCCCAUCCAAUCUGUGCUGCACUCCUCUUUUUCGAAAGUACAUAGGGACCUCAAGGGAGACCCACUGCAUUACAGAAGUCUACUGGACUGCUGUUGUCUCUGACGUUGAAGUUGCUGUCAACUUCUCCUUUGCUCUUUGGGAAGGUAAAAUGAUGCCUCA